CGGUAAAAUCACGUGAUAUAACCGUAACAAGGAAGUGAACAGUUCAAGUUGUACCGACACAGCAACAAAAUCGUUGCAGUUUACAGAUUGUAGGUAUUUAUUCCAUCUAACUCACUACAGUAACAACACCAUGGCAAGUAACAGAUCCGUGCGGCGUGCCCAGGAACCCGUUACCUACACGUGUGCUUUGUGUGACAGUGAAGACGAGGUACGAUGGUUUUGUAACGAUUGUCAGGAUAAUUUAUGUGACCGGUGUAAGGAAGCCCAUACACGCGGAAAGAAAACAAAGAACGAUGACGUCGUACCGAUAGGGAAGGCUAACCGUCAGGGCGACAAGCCUGUACCAGAGGUAUGUAAAGUACAUCCCGGUAAACUGUGUGAUCUCUUCUGUUGCGACUGCAACGAAUUACUUUGUGGGAUAUGUUUAUCUAAAACUCAUAAACAUCACAACUGGAAACCUUUCGAAGACGAAUUUUCUUCUAAAAAACAACAUUUGAAAGAGCACAUGACAGCAAUUUCCACUAAAAUAAAACAUUUCAAGAAUGAGACAUCAGAGCGACAUCGUGAUAACGAAGGGUUCAAUGACAACAUUGAUACAGUGAGGAAAGAGGUGAACUCUAAAAGGACAAAGUUAAAGGCAGAAGUAGAUUCUAUCGCUGAUGCAAUACUCGCCGAAUUAUCUGUUUUAGAAGAAGAAGAAUCAACAAUACACAAGAAAGAUUGUCAACGAUCAGAGAAAAAAGUCGAAGAACUGACGCGUCUGCUUAACGAAGCGGAAAUGACAGAUACAUCAAGCGUAUCCUUGUUUAAAACAGAAAGGUCAUUGAGGACAACUCUGCCCCUGUAUGACGUUAAUGUGAGAUAUGUUUCACCCAAACAACCAAGGUUUGAUACCGAAAGUAUCGACAGUGUCAUGUUGUCGAAAACGUUUGGUAAAUUACACCACGAUAUCCAGUACCAGAAGAUAGACAUCGACAGUAAACACGUUCAACGUCUCUCUGAGUUUACUGUUACUCAACAGAAUCAAAUAUUCGGUAUAUGUCCAGUCGACGACAGUCAUGCAUGGUUAUCAAUACAUCAAUAUCAGGGUCUGGUACUGGUUAACAAGGAGGGUGAGGUGAUAGAGUCAAUAAAACUGGACUUCAGCCCGGGCCUACUCACCAUGGUCGGGACAACAGACAUACUUAUGACCAGUUUUCCACAUAGUACAUUUGCAUAUAAACUAUCACUACACGACAAACAAGUGACAACAUUUGCUGACAUCAGACCACAUGAAGCAUGUGACGUCAGUAUCAACGAGAGGGGCGAGGUGUUUGUUACUACAUGUACGCCAGACAUAGUGGUACUGAAUCAGUCAGGUACGAUUAUAAGGAAGGUCACGAUUGGAUCAGAAGAUAUAGUGAACGUUGUCUGCUUGUCAUCGGGACGUCUGUGUGUAGUUCACAAACUUGGAGGAGACUGGAAUGAUUGUAAUAUAAUGUUAGCAGACGAGUCGGGUACCGUCAUACAGACAUGGACUGGUGAACUCGACAACGGUCAAAAGGUCGGUAGUAUGCAACUCCUGAGGAUGUCAUGUGAUAAGUACGACAGAGUAUUUGUACCAGAACACCGGCACAAACAGGUGUACGUCCUACCGAUGAGAGGCGGUAAACAAGCUGUGUGUCUCCUAGACCGGACACACGGAGUGGUCGACCCUACAGUGGUGGGUGUGGACACGUGUGGUAACGUGUGGAUCGGGUGUGAUGACGGUACCGUACACGUGAUGGGACUGUAACAUGAGGAAAUAGUAAUAUACGGUACUUGGUCUCGUGGUACUAUAAUCUAUUGUGUAUAUAACAUUCCACGGUAGAUCACCGAUGUAUGAAGUCUGAAGUAUCCUCAAAUAAACAGUGAGUGUAUUUGUUAUGACCGUGGUAAUCAGACAAUCACAAGUAACGAGAUUGUUUACUACCAACCGACAUUACGUGGUCACUUAACUGAUCAAGGAAAAAGAAAUUAUAAGUGAGCUGGAUCCAGGAAUUUGUGGUGUAUAUGUGUGUUUUUUUAUUUGUUUAUAGCUUUUUUUCAUUUGGGGUUCAUUUCAUUUCACCUAUUACCCUAAUAUUGUGUGCCUACCCUUAACCUUUUUGAUUUAUUUUUACGAUUUUCAAGGGAGCACUGUUAAAGUAAAAAAUAACUCUUCUAAUAUAUUUUAUUUUUUAAAUGAAAUAUGAAUAUAAUCACCUACCCUAAUUUUUCAGACAUGUAACAGGAAAUAGACAUGUCUUUUAGGCAUUUUUCUGUUCAUGUAUCGAUAUAUCAACUAUAAUGAAUAAUAAACAACUGUUAAUUAAAGUUUGUUACACAGAUGUUUACAAAAUGUAAUCAACCGGUAAAUGUAAGGUAAUACAGGAACAGUUGUUUUAUACCUUGUAGUAUUGAAAUGUUACAAGAAUGACUUAUACAUUUUGAUUGAUAUUUACAAUAUUAUAACUUUUAAAUAUACAUAAUAUAGAUAUAACUUUAAAUAAAA